AUGAAAGGCGACUUAAUGGUUAUUCUUGAUAAUUCCAUGUACAGUAUCAAUAAGGACUAUACUAAAGAAAGAUUAGAUUGUCAAAUUGAAGUUACUAAGUGUAUUGUUGAUAAAAGACUUGCUGAAUCAACUGAAUCUACCGUUGGAGUUAUGUCUUUAGGCCGUAGUACUACCAUUAAGAUAGUAUCACCAACUAGUGAUAAGAAUACUAUCUGUUCUUAUCUUUACUCCUUACAAAGAGAUAAUGAUAUUCAACCAGGUAAUAGUCUUUCUAUCGCUAGAAUGGCUCUUAAGUACCGCACUAACCAAUCACAAGCCAUUCUUCUUUUCUUGGGUUCACCACUAGAUGAUACAAGUCUGACUGAUAUUGUUGUAGCCAUUGAGAAUAUCUUGAAUAACAAUGUAGCCGUUCGUGUAGUUCUAUUUGGUGAAGCCAUUGAGUACUAUACUCUACUUAAAAGUUCAAUCGAAGAGUGCAGUGACUUUACUUGUGUCACCAUUACACCACAAGACUCUUUCCUAGAUGGAGUAGCUACAGCUCUACGUGAGAGUGUCCAAGAAACAGAUCCAGAACUUGAACUAGCCAUUCGUCGCUCCCUUCAAGAUGCUGAAGACCCCGAAGUCCAGAAAGCCAUCAAAGAAUCCCUUCAAGACGGCUAA